GCCGCCCGCGUUCGCGGAGCCAGAGGAGGCGGAGCUGGCGCUGUCCCGGCUUCAGAGCGCGGCGGCAGCCGAGGCGGUGGCGCGGCCGGUCCGGGCUGCUGAGGCUCGGGCGGAGCGGCUCGAGAAGCUGGCAGGUGGCACCGGCAGCGCGGGGAAGGGGCACCGUGGGGUGGGCGCUCUGGCGUGAGGCGUGCGCUCCAUGCGUGCGGGCCGAGCUCGGCCCCUGCGAGCCUCCGACAUGAAGAAAGACGUGCGGAUCCUGCUGGUGGGAGAACGACUCUGAAGGUUGAGGCAGGCGCAUUGGUGCCAGCAAGUUCUCUGUCAAGCUAGAGUUGGGAAGACAUCACUGAUUAUGUCUCUGGUCAGUGAAGAAUUUCCAGAAGAGGUUCCUCCUCGGGCAGAAGAAAUCACCAUUCCAGCUGAUGUCACCCCUGAGAGAGUCCCAACACACAUUGUAGAUUACUCAGAGGCAGAACAGAGUGAUGAACAGCUUCAUCAAGAGAUAUCACAGGCUAAUGUCAUCUGUAUAGUUUAUGCUGUUAACAACAAACAUUCUAUUGACAAGGUAACAAGCCGAUGGAUUCCUCUCAUAAAUGAAAGAACAGACAAAGACAGCAGGCUGCCUUUGAUAUUGGUUGGGAACAAAUCUGAUCUGGUGGAAUAUAGUAGCAUGGAGACCAUCCUUCCUAUUAUGAACCAAUAUACAGAAAUAGAAACCUGUGUGGAGUGUUCAGCAAAAAACCUGAAGAACAUAUCAGAACUCUUUUAUUAUGCACAGAAAGCUGUUCUUCAUCCAACAGGGCCCCUGUACUGCCCAGAGGAGAAGGAGAUGAAACCAGCUUGUAUAAAAGCCCUCACUCGUAUAUUUAAAAUAUCUGAUCAAGAUAACGAUGGUACUCUGAAUGAUGCUGAACUCAACUUCUUUCAGAGAAUUUGUUUCAACACUCCUUUAGCUCCUCAAGCUCUGGAAGAUGUCAAGAAUGUGGUCCGAAAACACAUAAGUGAUGGUGUGGCUGACAGUGGUUUGACACUAAGAGGGUUUCUCUUUUUACAUACACUUUUUAUCCAGAGAGGGAGACAUGAAACCACUUGGACUGUACUUCGACGAUUUGGUUAUGAUGAUGAUCUGGAUCUGACGCCUGAAUAUUUAUUCCCCCUGCUAAAAAUACCUCCUGAUUGCACUACUGAAUUAAAUCAUCAUGCAUAUUUGUUUCUUCAAAGCACCUUUGACAAACAUGAUUUGGAUAGAGACUGUGCUUUAUCACCUGAUGAACUUAAAGAUUUAUUUAAAGUUUUCCCUUAUAUACCUUGGGGGCCAGAUGUGAAUAACACGGUUUGCACCAAUGAAAGAGGCUGGAUAACCUACCAGGGAUUCCUUUCCCAGUGGACGCUCACAACCUACUUAGAUGUCCAGCGGUGCCUAGAGUAUUUGGGCUACCUAGGCUAUUCCAUACUGACUGAACAAGAGUCUCAAGCUUCAGCCAUUACAGUAACAAGAGAUAAAAAGAUUGACCUGCAGAAAAAACAGACCCAAAGAAAUGUGUUCAGAUGUAAUGUAAUUGGAAUGAAAGGCUGUGGGAAAAGUGGAGUUCUUCAGGCUCUCCUUGGAAGAAACUUAAUGAGGCAGAAGAAAAUUCGUGAUGAUCAUAAAUCCUAUUAUGCGAUUAACACUGUCUAUGUAUAUGGACAAGAGAAAUACUUGUUGUUGCACGAUAUCUCAGAGUCGGAAUUCCUAACUGAAGCUGAGAUCAUUUGUGAUGUUGUAUGCCUGGUAUAUGAUGUCACUAACCCUAAAUCCUUUGAAUACUGUGCCAGGAUUUUUAAGCAACAUUUUAUGGACAGCAGAAUACCCUGCUUAAUCAUAGCUGCAAAGUCAGACCUACAUGAAGUUAAACAAGAGUAUAGUAUCUCACCUACUGAUUUCUGCAGGAAACACAAAAUGCCUCCACCUCAAGCCUUCACUUGCAACACUGCUGAUGCGCCCAGUAAGGAUAUCUUUGUUAAAUUGACAACAAUGGCCAUGUACCCAGAUCAUUACAGAGGCAGACUCUCCCGAGACAUGGGCAACACUGGUAGAAUAGAGAAUUUGAGAAAAAUCUGGGUCUUUCUAAAAACUGCUUUCCAUGCCCGGUUACGCUGUAUGUGCACCUGCAACAGGUGUACAUUUUGCAUCUGUCAGAACUUCCUCAACUCAGACUUGCUGCAAUCUGUAAAGAACAAAAUCUUCACUGCAGUUCUUAACAGGUUAAAAGCCCGGGUAGCUGAGUGGGGUGCCAUGCUGUUAGCAGACGACGAAGGCAGUAUUACUCACCAGGUGCACGCCGUCAGCUCCGUAGAAGAUUCCAUCUUCAUGGAGUCAUCUCAUGGUCCACUUUUUCUUGAAGACAGGCACGUGACACAAGCUGACCUCAAGAGCUCCACGUUCUGGCUUCGAGCAAGUUUUGGUGCUACUGUUUUUGCAGUUUUGGGCUUUGCUAUGUACAGAGUGUUAUUGAAACAGCGAUGAUUUAAAAAAAAAAAUACUGGUCUACCAAAAACAAAUACUUUUAUGUACAUUCUGAAUGCUUUAAAUUCUGCUAGAAAUAUUGAGGUAUUUAUACAUGCAGUUACUUUAUUAAUAUUUGUAAUUCAUGCAUAAGAGUAUUUUAAUGAUAGUUAUAACUACAGUAUUGGCUUGACUAUGGAAAGAAAACACCUUAAUAGCCAAACUAAAGUGGCUAAGUUUCAGAAGCCAAAAGGGAAUAUUUUGUAAAUAAUGUACAUAUCCAGGCAAGAUAGGGCCUCCCACACAGAGUUCUAGAAAUGAUGUUCCCAGACAUUACUGCAUAGUAUUACUAGUGCUCACUUGGCUCACUCUGCUAGGUUUCAGUCAGCCCAGAGAUUAUAUUGCUCAUGGAACACUUAUUUAUUUCACAUUGACUCAGAAUGAUCCUUUGGCUUCAAUAGCCAUUUCUGUUUUUCAGAUUGCACACAUGCCAGCAUCACUUACCAGUACCACUCUGGUUCAGUCACUUAUGGUAGGCCAGUGUUGAAGCCAUUGUGUAGUCUAGGAAAUCAUAUAGCUGAGUGUGCAGCUGAGGAGGUUAAAGUCAAAGCAAUCAGCAGAGGUGUUACCUGUGUGAUUACAUUACUUCCUUUGUCAAUAUAUGGACUUUUAUAGCCCUUUCGAUCAAAUGAGAAAAACAAUUUGUAAUUAUCAAUGUUUUUAGUUUAAAUAAACAAGUCACCCUUACUACUGAUGAAUUUCCACCCAAAGAGUAAAUCGUUCUAUAAUAGCUGUGUCUGUUGUAGUGUAUUGCAGUAGCUGCAUGUGUCAUGAAGUGUUCUAUAUCUGGCCAAGAUAACCUAAAAGCAGGACUUUUUUAAAUGGUAAAAUAAAUCUAAUGAAUAUAAACUCUCACAAUAAACCUAUUUUUUUCAUCAUGAUCUUUUCAAGUAUUUAAAUAAAUAACUGCUAUGUACUGUGA